UUGUCUCCUCCAAGGUCACGUGAUGUUGUCUCCUCCAAGGUCACGUGAUGUUGUCUCCUCCAAGGUCACCUGAUGUUGUCUCCUCCAAGAUCAUGUGAUGUUGUCUCCUCCAAGAUCACGUGAUGUUGUCUCCAAGGUCACCUGAUGUUGUCUCCUCCAAGGUCACGUGAUGUUGUCUCCUCCAAGGUCACGUGGUCCUAAGGUGAAGUCUGGAGAACAUCAGGAUGGAAAGUUGCAGGAGUUGUUCCUGAGCCCCCCGGGGAGGGGAGGGACCCUCCUCCUUGAGCGGGGCGGGGCUUCUGCUGAGAAGUAGUGGAUCAGCACAGUGCAGGGGGGCGGGGCUUCUGCUGAGAAGUAGGGGAUCAGCACAGUGCCUGCAGGCUCCUUGCUGUAGUGACGACUAUUCCUCUUGAGGAAGGAGCUUCUCUUUGGACUAACUCCACAUGAAGAAGGAGGAAGGAGUUUAAAUGCAACGCUGCUUGAUCCAGGAGAAAAGUAUGGCAGCCGACAACUGCAAGGACCCCAGGAGGAAGUUGCUGGUGGGAGUGGAUCUCUUCUGCCUCUUCUUAGUGAUGCUUGUCGCUGUGUUUUUGCACAAAUCACCCAUGGCGCCUUACCGGAGAGGAUUCUUCUGCAGCGACAACAGCAUCAGUGUCCCCUUUAAGAGCAGCACGGUGUCCACCACGCUGCUCACCUCACUUGGUGUCUCUGUGCCCGUGGUCUCACUGGCCUGCCUUUCUUGGUCAUUGAGACCAGCGCUGUGCAGCCUUACCGUAGAGGCUUUUACUGCGGAGACCAGUCCAUCAAGUACCCCCGCCAAAACAUGGAGACACCAUUAG